AUGGCAAAGUCAAGGUGCUCACAAUGGGGCGACCGCUACUUGUGCACAAAUGCUGGUCAGCGAGGAUGUACGGCCGACUAUAAUGUUAAAGGCUAUUGCGACGUCGCGAGCUACAGCUCAAGCAUCCCUGCAGGCUUUCAGUACUUUAAAGAUCCUGUUUUUGGCGGUCGGGACACCUAUGCAGACUAUUGUCCUUUUUAUCGCGGCUACAACAAUGGCGAUUGCCGUGGAGUUGGACGAUCGGCAACUCAAGUGGACACUACAAAUCGUAUGGAAGAGGUGCUGGACUGUUCAGCGACGGCAUUAAUACUAUCGAUUGGCGGAGUUAAAGUGUCUUGUCCAGCCGAAGGUGGUGAGAUCAAGGUCGCAGGAUAUAGAGGAACGUUGCUUUGUCCACCAAGCACGCAGCUCUGUCAGCUUCUUCAAGAUCGAUGCUCGGGAAAUGGAGUGCGCCUUGCCAAUGGAAAAUGUGAUUGCUUCACAGGCCGUGUUGGAGACGAUUGCUCUGGCUUUCAAUGUCCAAGCAGCGAUCAAGAUAUUGAAUGUAGUGGUACCACACAGGGUAUUUGUGAUCGAAGCACGGGACAGUGUAAGUGUGCGAACGGCUUUGCGGGAUUGAGCUGCUCAGAGUUAUUGUGUCCCAUCGAGACUGGAACCAAAAAUACCUCGCAGUGCUCUGGCAAUGGCGUUUGUAAUGCAGACUCUGGAUUAUGCAUAUGUCACAAUGGAUAUUCAGGAGCUGCGUGUGAAUGCGUACCUGGCUGUACGAGUUCAUCAUGUGGAAGUCAUGGUAAAUGUAACUGUGAGUCGGGAGCGUGUACGUGCACCGCAGGGUUUUCUGGCGUCGUGUGCUCGGUUGCUUCGAAUCCAGCGGUAACGUUGCUGACUGAAGUUGGUGUCAGCGCUACUGUCCUUUCAAAGCAAUACAAGUUUUUUAAAUUUUUUUUGGAGGCAAGCUCAUAUGAUGUUACGUUCAUUGUUGACUACCCUGUUGGAACCCCAAGCUCGACAGACGUAGAUUUAUACGGGUCAUUUGAUGAUCCUUUCCCAACUGCAAUGACUCCUAGUAGCAUUCGUUUCAUAAGCACUAGAGAUGUGAAUGUGAGUGAUGAAAUUCAUCUUUGUGGAUCACUAGGUAUCUUUCCUCGAGGCCUUAACUCGACGUCGCGUAUUUGCCAAAAAACUACCGCGUCUUAUUUGCAAGCAGCACCCGGGUACCUUUACCUUUCGUUGCUCGGGUUCUCUGCAGGACAGUCAACAGUACAUUUUCGUGUGGAAACGGACAAAUGUCGCGGUGUCACUUGCUCUGGACAUGGCAGUUGUGGUCGAAACAUCCCAGGUGUAUGUACUUGCGAUCGCUAUUGGAGUGGCGAUGACUGUAGUGUGCCGAAAUGUGGACCAGACUGUCAAGAUCUAGGUACAUGUUUGGAUGCUACUGUAUGGAAAGGGUCGUCAAGUGCCCCCGCAAGCGUCUCGAUAGGAAUCAGCUCGCUGCGCAACACAUCGGAAUGUUUUGGAAAUGGUGUAUGCCGAGUGACGGAAAAUUUCGACCCUGCCUGUAAUUGUGACGAAGCUUUUGCCUUCGAUCCGCCCAGGACUCCCGCCCAAGCUCUUUGCCAAGAACUAGUACCAUCAGUGGCAUACAUUCAGCAUUUUCGUGGUCCUUUUAGAAUUGAAGCUGGACUGCUGGACUUACAAAUUGAACGCGGAGACUGGGGCUUGUACACCAUUACUGUUCAAGAUAAGUGGAGAGUGCUAGUUGUGUACUUAGAUCAAAUUACGUCUGAUGGAGAUGCCAUGCUCUUUGUUCGCCGUGAAACGUUACCAAAAUUAUCAUCAGAUUCUUCCACCUCAGCGACUUCUACCCAGUUUGCAGAUGUCAGCGGCUGGGCUACAGCUGCGUCAACGCGCAAGAUUGUUCUUUCACGGGCUUCUUCGACGCUCAGUUCAGGUCUAUAUUACAUUGGAGUAUAUAAUAAUGGAUACGCUCGAGAUUCGCUAAGCUAUCGUCUUACUGUGAACGCCGCGGAAGAUUGUCAAAUCUCAACAUUAGUUGACGGAUUUAAUAAGGUUCUACUGGAGUCAAAUUUGACGUCACCGGCCAGUGGAAGUACUCAGAUAUCCAGAGACGACAAUGAAAGCCUGGCAGUCUGUUUGAAUGGAGGGGCGUGCAGCGUAUUAUCAAGUAAACUGUGCACAUGCUCGGCUGAGUUUAGUGGCCGCUUCUGCUCACUACAAUCUACGCGAAUUAAGUUGACAAAACUGUUUAUUGCCAGCAGGUUGCCUUCGUAUGAGGCGUACAAAAGUACAGCAAUUGAAACAUUAGCUGUCGGCAAAUGGGUCUAUUUUACUUUUGAGGUCGACGAUACAGAAGCAAAGGCAGUCGAGUUCACCCUACUGAUUGAAAACGAUAUUGAAGGGGCGGAAACUCCAGUGCGGCCGCUUCUACUUGUGCGGGAUCCUAGUGAUUCUGGCUUUCCUUCAUUAGCAUCUAGAUCUUUACAGGAUUUUAAUGCGAUUGCUUCACGCUUUACGAGACAAACUGUGGUAGUGCCUGUCACGACAAUUUGUACAUUUGCACAAAGUGGUUCAGACUGCUUCAAGGUUGCAGUACACAAUCGCAAGGUUUCCGGAGCAGCGCUACGUUUCGAACUGAAGGCCGUAGUACAUGUCAAUACAGUACAAUCGUCGACUGUCUUAGCGUGUGGUCUUGAUGAAGACGAACUCGAGUGUCAUGGACACGGACAAUGUAUUGUGAGAGAUGGUGCUCGAACUUGCCAGUGUGAGACUGGCUGGACUGGUGUUUCUUGUAACUCUCCCAUCGGUUUCGAGCUGACUAAGCUAUGGAGUGCAGCCGAAAAUGUCACGUUCUUGUGCUCUUCUUGUAACACUAACUUCACUUUAGCGCGUGGCCAGGUCUUGAUGUUUCGUGUCCCUGAGCCUCUUCGUGUAGGAGUGGGUUUGCGUCUGUUACUCCAAGCAGUUAACCAAGGAUUAGGAGGGGUCACGCCUAGUGUUUACGUUAGUGAGCUUCUUCCGCGAUCAAUGUACGAUUUCACGUAUAUUUCCCUUCCAAAUGGUUCUCAAUCUCAAGUUGUCGAAAUACCGAACUCGUCUUUUUCUGGCGAUUUUUGGGUGGUUGUUCAUACUGACUAUCCUUCGACUACUAGCACAUCUGAGCUUACUGUGUCCACUGCCCAGAGAAGAUUAAAAAAUAGAGAGAGCUCAACAUUUGAGCUUGUGGUUGAACAUUAUGAAACUCCGUACGCAAAUUUCGACAACUCUUUGAUCACGGAUCAAUCGUUUGGUUAUGCCAUAUACACUUGGGUGUUUGAUAGUCCAGCUGGUCUCGCUCUUUUCGCGUUCACAGUCGUUCUCUUUGUCAUAGUCCUGUGCUUUUGCGUGUUUCGAGUGGCACGAGCACCGGAAAAUCAAGACAAGGUGCUGGCUCAACUGUACCCGUCGCGAUUUAUGUCGAAUCAACAUCGUGGUCUCGCUACUCCUGGAAGUGGCAGUAGGCCAAAUGGGGCUGUCGUGAUGGAUAUAUACGACUUUUCAACGCCAACUAACAGCACUGCUCAAGGAAGGGCAAACAUUAAGCCAAUUAAAAAAGUGAAAUUGCACGACACACUAAACAAAUCAUAG